AUGGCCGGCCGGUUUAGAGGCGACGACCAAUAUCCUCCGCGGCCGGGAAAUUAUCACACCAACAGCUCAAACUCCAUCGACGGCCGCUACCAGCGAAGUUACGAUCGCAACCAUGAGCGUGCGCAAUCCGAACAUCCCCCACGAAACGAGCAAGGCCGUGUUCCCCGGACGCUAAACUCUGCCUAUACAAGGCGACGACACAAUUCACUCAACGCCUUUGUCGAAGAUGAGCGCGAUGCAUUGGCGAGAGAGCACAAUCCAGCGUCGGCUGGCCUGUUGUCGGCGGGCGACGAUGAACCGAUACAACGCGGCGAUGUCGACCAAAUACCUAUACUGAUGGAAGUGGUCAACCCCGAGCGCCGCUUUGUUCUCAUUCCAAAAGCGCCGACUGUAGAACCGGAAGCCAAGGCGGCCGACGGCAAUGGGCGGGGACAUGGCUCAGUUGCUUCUAGUGUAUCGAGCGCCUCGAGAAACUCCAAAACCUCUCACGACUCGACCGGCUCCCCGUCUACAAUCACAGCUACGGCCUCUACAAUUACCUCCACAGAAUCAACAAUCACUCCAACAGGCUCGCCUUCCACACCUACUGGGCCGUCCAGUAGCUCGUACGGCGGUAUCCGCACGCCCCCCGCCUCAAGCCGGCAGCCAGACAAGGUCUCUGAAUACGAAGCAAACACCUGCCGCAAGUUCACUGUGCCGCGCAUCGAUUCCGAGUCGGCUUCAUCUGGCUCAACAGCAACAGAGCCCUCUAAAAUUCGAAGCGAUAAAGACGGCGUGACUGCCACUGCAAGCCAGCAUCGUCCUUCUCUUAGUACCGCAGCAGGGCUUACGGCAGCGGCGGCAGCAGCAGCGGCGGUGGCAGCGGCCACCACGGCGACAUCAUCAAAAGCAAAGCCUGAAAUCAAGAGACGAAAGAGUCGCCUCGACUUGCCGCGCAUUGACACCGACAUGCAGCAUGACAACAGAGCCCACAGCACAAACUCUGGUCGGCCGAGAUCACCAACGCCGUCUGAAUACAAAACACGCGAUCGGCACAAUGAUAGUCGUGAUAGCCGCGAAGGCUUGGGCGACAGAAAUGGCCACCGGGACAACGAUUUCUUAUCGCCAACAUUCAUCAAGCACACGACCAACGGCCGGGACCGUGCCUACUUUGAGCAAGCCAGCCACGGUCAAAACUCUAACGGCGAGUCUGACAGUGGGCGGGCCCGUUCCGGUGACUCCCUCUCGUCUCACAGUGACUGGAGGUCUCAUGACCGCGACGAGCGCAGCUCAAUUUCGGAUUCGAGCAUAAAGCGCCGGUCUACGUCAUUCUCAGAGACAGGCAGAUUAUCGCGGAAGCCUUCUUACAAGCGGAUCUCUCGCGAUGAAGGGGCCGACUCUCGUGCCGGACGCAAAUCGCCUUCUCCGCCACCGAAAUCCCGUACUCCUACGUCACCGCAGCCACGGACUGACAAACGGCCGUCUUCUCCACCACGGAAUCGUGAACGUGAACGUGACCGCGAGAGAGAUCGGGACAGAGAGCGCGGACGCGAUGGGGAGAGAGAUCGUGUCAAAGAGCGUGAUCGUGAACGUGACCGAGAGCGAGAGCGGGAGCGAGAGAGGGAGAAGGAGAGAGAUAAAGAGAGAGAAAGGGAAAAGGAACGGGAUCGGCGACUUCAAGAACAAGAUCGGGACCGCCAAAAGCCAGUGCGGCGCGACUCGAUCCCAAUUAAACGACGAGAUUCGAUGAUCCGCCCAGGUGACGGCUUCUCCGACGAACGAUCCAAAAGGAGCUCUGCCAAUACACCUCUACGACGCCAAAACAGCGAGCGCCGUCGGCCUUCGCCACCACUGCACAAAGACGAUGAGUCCGUGGUCAGCAAAGCCUCCAGCAACCCGAAUCCACGGCGCACAUCUGCCAUCGAUGACCCCGGUAUUAAUGACCGGUAUCGCUCGGCAAACUCGACCCCGCUUGCUACACCAAAACAAUCAGGGGGCCAAUUCCCAUUCAUGGCCGGCUCUCCACCAAAGGAAUUGUUUGAGGCGACCAGACCGGUGUCUCCGAGGCGGAGAGACGACCGUAGACCAGGCUCUUCAUCAUCUCCGUCUUCGUCCCCAGAAAGCCGGUCGAGGAACCCGCACGAAGGCGAUCGGCCAAGAGGUCCUCGCCCUCGUGCUACCCAGCAUCCAAAUGUAGUGCACAACCCUGCCACUGCGUCUAUGCCGAACCUACAGUCUGCACCCAAAGCGUCGACCCUUCCAAUGCCCAUCUCUCUUCCCAUUCCCAUCCCUGCGUUGUCACCGGGUCGUGCGGACUCCCUUCGCGACCACGAUGCACCUGCUCGUCAGGAACGAGAGCGAUCUCCCGUUGACUCGCUGCGCUCCUCCCGCAUUUCUUUGAAUUCCAAUCCAUUGCCACCAAGAUCAUCUGCUGUUUUUGGGCAUGGUCCCAAUUCCUCACCGUCGUACCGCCAGCCUGCGUUUUUUAUCAAUAUUCCGAGCACCGCGGCAGAUGACGAGAUCGCCGUCGAUGUGCAAAUUGUGACAGGAGGUGGUCCUCGGGAAUGGUACCCGGAGCGGCCGCCUGCGGCAACAAGACAGGGCGCUGAGCGACCGCCAGUGGACCGAGCUGAAAAGCCGCUUGUGCCUCUCUAUAAGCGUUAUGCUGAAGAUGUCUACUCUGGCCGGGUUGCGGGAUUGCCAGAGUGUCCGAGAAUCCAGUUCAGCACCAAGUACCGCGACUGGCGCACUUUGACGCCAUACAAGGAUUUCCUCAUCUGCCCGACUUGCUACGAUGCUGGGUUUGCACGGACCCAGUGGCGGAACGAGUUUGUACCGGUGACUGGUAUUGAUCCGAAGCUGAAGACGAACUGCAUCUACGGCGCCAUGCCAUGGUACCAGGUUGCCUUCUUCUUCGUGCGGGCCUUCCAGAUGCCCACGCUGAGCCUUUUGCGGACCAUGUUUAACCGAGAUGAGGAAUUGCGGCUUCCAUGCCCGGGUCCCAGACGCAUUGCUGGCCGCUGGUUCACUAUCCAGGAUCCUCUAGAUGGGCGCCCUGUGAGCAAAUUCACGACCUGCGAGCAGUGCGCAACAGCCAUCACGGUUCUUUUCCCACGACUCAAGGGUCUCUUGCAGGACAACAAUCCAACACCUCACGACACAACCAACGUUUGCUCGCUGUACUACGAGCCAGAACGAAAGCGGCUUUGGAAGUUCAUUGAUGUGCUAGAGUCGACCAACAAUGCAAGCAUGGUGAACAAUGCACCCGUGGAUGUGAAUGAGUUUAUCAACAAGAUUUUGGACAUCACCCACUACGAAGAGUGCAAGCGCGACAUCCCGGUGCGCCAGCGCAAGUGGUACUGGAUGCGGACGAUGCCGGACUUUGUGGUCUGCCAAGAGUGCUUCGACGAGGUUGUAUACCCCGUGGUCACGACGUACCGCGGUGUGGCGGGCGAUUUUUACAAGGAGCCCAAGGAGCUGGAUAUUGCGGCAUGCCACCUCUAUUCGCAGCGCAUGCGAGACAUUUUCAAGCGGGCUUGCCAGAACAAUGACAAGGAGUAUCUUGCAAAGAAGCUAGAGGAGCGGGCCGACGUGGCGGCGGACAUCACCGCGCGCAUUCAGCGGCUCCCAAAGGCGUCCUCAGCAGACGACGUUGAACAAAUGAAGCUCAUGGCGGAGUGGAAGAAGUGGGAGUAA